AUGCCAUCAGACACAACCUCCACGCCGGCGCCAGGAACGAGUGGGAAAUCAAAGAAAAACAGCAGGAAGAAAGCAAAUGCGAAAGCAAAGGCGAAUGGCGGAACCGUCCCAAACACGUCUUCUUCAGACCAACAACGGCCACCCACACAAUCCAACAGACAACAGGAGAAGUCGGGACAGGAUCAGCAUCCAACACCGGCUACUAAAGAAAACUUCGUGAACGGUUCCCAGGCUGUGGAUUUGGAUGAUAACGAUGGAGGAAAGGAUAGGGAAGAGGAGCCGACGGUGGAGAGCGACAACGAUGCGUCACCUCCCAACCCCGCAUUCCCUUCCCUUGAUUCCGACCCCAGAUUCGAAGCGCUGGUGCGGGAUCGCGAUUCCCUCCGUGCGGAAGUAGCUGAGAUGCGUAUAUCACUCGAAAAGAUACAGUCUAAGCACGAUGAGGAGAUGGUGGCUUUACAGGGCCAACUGAAACAGUCACAGAGCGACAAAGAGCAUGCGGAGACACAGUUUCGGAAUUUGUUGGGCAAGGUUAAUACGAUUAAGUCGCAGUUAGGGGAGAGGUUGAAGGCUGAUGCUGAGGAAUUAGAGCAGACGAGGAAUAGGAUAGAGGAGCUCGAGGGCGAAAAUGCCACGCUGCAAACGGAAGUAGGGUCGAAAUCGGCUACUAUCAAAUCAUUGGAGAAGGAACGGGAACAACAAUCCAAGGAGCUUUCCAGCUUGCGAAAUAGGACGAAUUUAUCGCAGCAAAAUUGGGUGAAGGAGAGGGAAGAAUUGCUGGAACAAGAAGCAUAUGCGCGCUCGGAAUUCGAGGAGGCAAAGCAGGCCAUGCACAACUGGGAGAUUCUCGCAAUGGAGGAGCGAUCUAUUCGAGAAAGCCUGGAAGAGAAAGUGGUAGACCUGGAGGAGCAGCUUGUCACCUUGAAAAGCGAGUAUGAGAAGGCUUCUUCUGAACGUGAUGCACAAUCGGUGACCGUGGACGGGCUUCAGAGGGCGCUUCAGGAAAUUCAAACCGCACGAAAACAGGAGCUACGAGAGAUCGUGGAAAGCUCGGAUGCGCAGCUGGAGGAGCACCGUAAGAAGGUGCAGGAGGCUGAGAAGAACGCCACGGAAGCCAUUGCCAAGUUGGAAGCGGCGGAGGCGGAGUUGAAACGGGCUCUACCGUUUGAGAAAGAAGUCAAGGAGAAGAAUCUGCUGAUUGGCAAGUUGCGUCACGAAGCGGUUACGCUGAAUGAACACCUCACCAAAGCUCUAAGAUUCCUGAAGCGGGGGAAGCCGGAGGAUAAUGUGGAUAGACACCUCGUCACCAACCACUUCCUCCAUUUCCUGGCGCUAGAUCGAUCAGAUCCGAAGAAGUUUCAGGUCCUACAGCUCAUAUCAGCGUUGCUGGGAUGGACGGAUGAACAACGAGAGCAAGCUGGUCUUGCCCGCCCAGGAACCUCAAGUGGAUUCAGCAGUAGUUUACGCAUUCCCAGCACGUCCUCACUCCUAUCGAGGACACCAAGUUCGCCGGCCCUUGCGUCUGACUUUUUCACGGAGAAUGGAAGUACACGCAAAGAAUCACUGGCAGAACUCUGGUCGAAUUUCCUGGAGCAGGAGGCGGCACAGAAGAAGGAGUCGAAGUCACGAAGUCAAUCGGAUGCACCGCCAACCUCUCCUACUCCAUGA